UUCCUCGCAGCGGGGGGCCCGCCCGUGGGCUGGUUUCCGGUUUGGUGGGUCGGAGAUGACGGAGCCGGGCGCCUCUCCGGACGACCCCUGGGUCAAGGUGGAAUACGCCUACAGCGACAACAGUCUGGACCCCGGGCUUUUUGUAGAAAGUACCCGAAAGGGGAGUGUAGUGUCCAGAGCUAAUAGCAUCGGUUCCACCAGUGCCUCUUCUGUCCCCAAUACAGAUGACGAGGACAGCGAUUACCACCAGGAGUCCUACAAGGAGUCCUACAAGGACCGGCGGCGGCGAGCACACACACAGGCUGAGCAGAAGAGGAGAGACGCCAUCAAGAGAGGCUAUGAUGACCUUCAGACUAUCGUCCCCACUUGCCAGCAGCAGGACUUCUCCAUUGGUUCCCAGAAGCUCAGCAAAGCCAUCGUUCUACAGAAGACCAUUGACUACAUCCAGUUUUUGCACAAGGAGAAGAAAAAGCAGGAGGAGGAAGUGUCCAUGCUACGCAAGGAUGUCACAGCCCUGAAGAUCAUGAAAGUGAACUACGAGCAGAUUGUGAAGGCACACCAGGACAACCCCCAUGAGGGGGAAGACCAGGUCUCUGACCAGGUCAAGUUCAAUGUGUUUCAAGGCAUCAUGGACUCCCUAUUCCAGUCCUUCAAUGCCUCCAUCUCCGUGGCCAGCUUCCAGGAGCUGUCAGCCUGUGUCUUCAGCUGGAUUGAGGAGCACUGUAAGCCUCAGACCCUCCGGGAGAUAGUGAUUGGUGUCCUGCACCAGCUGAAGAACCAGCUCUACUGACCAGUGCCCCGAACCCACAGAAGAGCCAGUGAGAGGCCCAGUCUCCUGCUUGGCCACAGAGCCGCUGGCCCUCUGAGAUCAGACUCGAUGCUGCACACAGGUCCCCUGGUUCCCGGCGUUUGGUUCCCCGACACCCCUCAUCCUCAGUGGGGCUGGGGUGUUUAUUUUGUGAAAGCUUUAAUUUAUUAUAUUGACCACAAAACUCGAGCCUCUUGUCUUUCCCCGCUCCCCGUAAAAAUCCUCAGGGUGGGGGUCUGCUCUGGGCAUCCCCAAGAGCUCCCGUCCUCUCCCCUUCUAAGCCUCAGAUUUUUGCUCCAGAUCUACACGUAUCUGGGAGCUACUAUUUGCAUUUGGUUUGGUCUCUUGGACCAGAUUUGGGCAACACCUGGCCCGAUUUGGCCAUUUUGGCAGUAGUUGGACAGAAAGAAAGGAACAUGAGGAAAUACUCUCACAGCCAUGAAGUGUGACAGGCUGCCUUAUACCUGGGCUAGGGCUCCCUGGUGGGCCCAAGGUGGGACCCGGGCUCUGCUGGCCAGCUCUGGGCAGGGCUGCCAGGAUCCUGCCCUCACCUGCUACUCCAUCGCCUCUCUUACCUGCUCCGGGUGCUAGAGGGAAGCAGCCUUCCUGUGUGCUCCUGCUCCCUCUGUGCCCACAGGCAGGAGCACAGCACAGAGAAGUCAAGUGUGACACACAGCACUACGUGGUAAUAGUUUUGUUUUGUUUUUAAUUUUCUAAAUAAACACCAACAGUGCAGUUUUGCUAAACUUACAAUUUUGGAAAACAAACUGGGCCUCAGAACCACUCCCACCCUUCCUGUCAAGUAUCUGGGUCUCCAUCCCGUGCUGCCUGCAUCUCUCCCAGGACUUGAGGUCAGAGUGAAGGGAUAGAGAAGGUAUUUAAAGGCCUCCUGGGGUACAGAGCUCCAAGAAGUCCUGGGUAAGGCCUUGGGCUCCUUGAAUGCUAUAUACAGUUUCCUGUCUCUACUCUGUAGCCUUCUGCAGGGUUAUACCUGGGAGGUUUGGUUAUCCAAAGGAAAUUUAAGUAUUUUUAUAUCAAAUUGUAUUACAAUAAAUACUGCCAAAUGCUUUCCUUUA